CCCGAUCCCAUUGCAAAUCUUUCACUUUUGGGCGGCGUUUGGCUUGUGCAUUUUGCAUUUUGCAUUUGGGAGGCUAUAAAAGCCAUCGGACAGAUGGCAACCAUUCGCAUUGCUCGACUGAGUUCCAGCCACACAGCACACACAAAGAGGAUACACAGGACACAAUGUGGAGACUAAUAUUGAUUUGCGGAAUACAGAUGAUUUUCGCAUCGGAGCACAGCGACGAUGGAUGGUCAGGAGGGGAUGGAGGCCACUACGGUGGAAGCGGCGCCAGUGGCAGUGGGAGUAGCGGAAGUGGAGGUGGAGGAGAGGGACACUACCAUCAUCAUCAUACACCCACCACAUAUUCGGAGAUUUCCAAGCACGUGCCAGUGCAUGUGAUCGAGAAGAUUCCGCUGCCCAUUCCCCAUCCGGUGGCCGUUCAAGUACCGAAUGUGAUCCGGCUACAGAUUCCCGAACCCUAUGCCGUCCAUGUGCCCGUCCAGCAGGAGAUCCAAGUGCCGGUGUACAAGAUAGUCCCAGAGAUAACCGAACGGAAGAUCCCCUACACGGUGGAGAGGCCCUAUCCCGUGGAGGUGGAGAAGCCCUAUCCCGUGGAGGUGAUCAAGCAGAUCAGGAUUCCGGUGCCUAAACCCUAUCCCGUACCGAUAACCAUCUACAAGCAUGUCCUGCAGAAGGAGCAUGGCUGGUAA